GUUAUUGUGACAUCCUUGACACUGUCUUCCGGUGCCCAUUCCUGUCAAAAUGGCUCGUCCACUACCAUUUAAAAUAGCAGUCGUUGCCACUGUUUUGUUUGUCGUAUGCACCAAUUUUGUAUUUUGUAAUAACGGCAGAAGGGUUGGCGACGUCAUGGACACUGAAUUCGGUGGAUUCUCCGUACCUCUUGAACACUCAUUUGAAGUUGAUGAUGUAGCAAAGUUUCGAGUGCGUGGAGCACUGAUGUUGAAAGCUGGACGGGAGCCCAGCGUCUCACUAAGUCAGAACCAGCUAUCAGAGGAGGACAGAACCAAACUUAAGGAAGUGGCAGCAGUGGACGGUCUAUACAGAAUCAGGGUGCCCCGUGUUUUCCUGCAGGCAGACAGACAGACAGAGCGACAGAUGGAGGGUUACCUCACAGCAUUUGUCAGAGCGUGUGCCAUGGUUGAGUCCCAUCUCAGCGACGUCAUCUCCCUCCACACUGACGUCUCUGGGUACCUCAUCGGUGUCUCCAUAGUGACAAUACCUGGAGCCUGCAGGGGCACAGAGGUAGAGGAUGAAGUUGAUCUCGAGGUUUUCAACACCACACUCAGCAUCAUGGCUCCUGUCAAUGCACCAGGACCUGAGACAGCUCUGUUCCUCGAACGAAUGGAACAGGAAUCUGAGAAGAAAGGGAAGAAUCCACAAGAGCAGAAAUCUUUCUUUGCUAAAUAUUGGUAUUUGAUUCUUGGAGGUGCAAUCUUCCUCAUGGUCACCAAUUCAGCACAGCCCCCAGCAGGGGGCGGCAGAGAGCAGAGCUGAUUCCCGCUGAAUGGAUGUACAUCGUGCCUCUCGUCCUCUUCCUGAUGAUGUCUGGUGCUCAGGACCAAUCAGGUGGGGGAGCCGGGGGCGGAGCAGCCAAUGGAGGUGGCCGAUGAUCAACACGCAACAGCUUCUCCUUUUUCCUUUGGUUGUUAUUUUGGGGGGGGGUGAACAUUUUCUGAUUCUCUUGAACAGUUUUUAAUUGCUGUACAUAAUGCUAUUUAAAUGGGAUAAAUGUUCGUCACACACACACACACACAACUUGUACUUGUACAGCAUAGAGGAGAUAUUGUGCCCUGCAGAUGACUGCAUUUUUAGUGAAAAUAAAGUAUUAUUACUUGA